AUGAGUAUAUCAGGAACUGCCUGCUUUCAACCUGGUUCGAUUUUAGGCUUUAGUUACUAUGUUCUAGCAUGGAAUUACAAUAGAACCCCUGAUACUAUUAACAUCUUAGAUGAAUCAGCUGACUUCCUCAAAGGCCUGCUGGUCACACGUCUCAUGCCCUCGUUCUACAUCUUCAUCAUCCUCAUUAGUUUGCCCCUGAACGCUUUGGCCCUGGUGGCGUUCACCUGUAGGAUCCGAGAGAAGAAACCAGCGGUGAUCUACAUGUCUCACCUGGCGUGUGUGGACCUGCUCUUCACCCUGCUGCUGCCUCUGAAGAUCCACUACCAGCUGAACUCUUCAGAUUGGGUGUUCGGUGAGGCUCUGUGUCGUGUGAUCAGUGCAGCUUACUACUGCUACAUGUACUGCUCCAUACUGCUGAUGAUGUGCAUGAGUGUGGACCGGCUGCUGGCCGUGGUGUUUCCCAUCGCCUCUCUGACCUGGAGGAGCACGAGGAAAGCCACAUGUGUGUGUGUGCUGGUCUGGCUGCUGGCGCUCGCUGGUACAGCGCCACUUCUCUCAAUGAAUCAAACAGUUGAGAUUGAGAAUGUUGGUGUCACAUGCCAUGAUGUACUUCGCCAAAAUGACUCUACAGUAGACUAUUAUGUGUACUUGUUCUCCAUCCUCUCCUGCCUAUAUUUCUUCUUGCCUCUGGUGGUCACCAUUGUGUGCUACUCCACCAUCAUACAUGCACUUGGUGCAAAAUCUGAUCGCUUAACAACAUCAUCUUCAUCUUCAGACCAACGAAGGAAAGCUGUGAUUCUGACUAUCUCUGUGCUGAUUGAGUUUGUGGUGUGCUUUGCUCCAACCAAUGGCAUCUUGUUGUACCACUGUGUUCAUUUAGCUAAAGGAGGACACCGUGAGGGAGAUUCAUCAUAUGCUGUUUACCUGCUGGCUGCGUGUUUGGGAAGCACAAGUGUUUUUCUGGAUCCUCUGCUCUACUACUACGGCUCGUCUCAAUACAGGAAGCAGAUCCGCUCUGUGUUUUGGUGCAAGAAAGCAAAAAAGAGAGCAAAAACGCAGUCAAAUACAAGAACAACUGGCAGCACUACAGCUGGCCAGUAA